CUUCCAUCAAAGAAUACAGAUGGCGGUAAGGUGCCCUCACGUUUUCGAGUGUUUUUCCAGGUGCACGUUGCAGGGUUAGGACUUGAGGAAAAUACAAACUAAAGAUAAAAGAUUUAAGAUUUAAGUUGCUUAAAUCGACAACAAUUUAUAUAUAGAAUAUAUUUUCACUGAACACGCCUAACUAGCUUGAACAAAAGAAUCUUCGUUGGAAGAGACUUGCCAAUGACUUUGCGGUUAACAACAAGAUGAAGAGAGGAUUCAACGCCACUGGCGACAUUAUCACUGCCGUUAGACAGAAGUGGUACGAGGAGUAUCAGAAGGCAGCGGGACCGUGCAAGCACUCAAAGUCCGAGGCCGACGUUCUGCACCUGAGAGAUGAGGGAAAGAAGUACCUGGACGCGGAGACCGCCGCCUUCCAGUCGAAGCAGUCCCGAUCGCACGACUCGGAGACCAAGUGGUUGAAGACGGCGUUGCAGAAGGGCACCACGUCGGACAAGAUAGCGGCCAGUAUAGUGGUGGUGCAGGAUAAUCCAAAGUACAACCUGAGUCGUCUGAUGUCCCUGGUGUCCCAGGUGCGAAGUGCCAAGCACAAUCAGUGCGGCAUGAUUAUUCUGUCGUUGAAAGAGCUCUUCCUGGCCGAUCUCCUGCACCCGCAGUUCAGGCUACUGAAGUUGGAGCAACAGGAAUUGGACCAGCUCGACGUGGCGGACGGCCCGGAUUCCGUCGUCAGGACGAGCGGCGCUAGGAACAGACUGCUGGCGCACUGGUACUUCGAGGACCAGCUGCGCGAGCAGUACGAACGUUUCGUCCUGAACCUGUCCACGGUGGCCUCCGACACGGUGGAUACGAAUCGCGAGAAGGCCAUAACCGCGAUGGCCGAUCUGUUGAUAGGCAACUCUGAGCAGGAGCACAAGUUGCUGGAGCUGCUGGUGAAUAAGAUCGGCGAUCCGAGCGGCAAGGUCGGCUCCAAAGCCGUGUUUUGCGUCAAUAAAUUGCUGCACGAGCAUCCGAAAAUGAAGCUCGUGAUCUUGCGCGAGGUCGAGAGACUGCUGUUCAGAAAGAAUGUGGGCCAGCGCACGCAGUAUUACGCCGUGUGCCUGCUGGCGCAGUACGUCUUGGAUAGAAACGACGAGGAGGUAGCCGCUACCCUGAUAGAAGUCUACCUCGCGUUUUUCAAAGCGUGCUUGAAGAGAGGCGAGCCCGACAGUAGAAUGAUGGCGGCGAUUCUGAUGGGCGUCAAUAGAGCGUAUCCUUUCGCCAAGGCGGACUCGAGGGUGCUGAAUCAACACAUCGACUCUAUCUACAAAGUGGUGCACUUUGGCUCGUUUAAUGUCUCUCUCAAUGCACUUAGCUUGUUGCAUCAAGUAACGGGCAAGGACGAGUCUCAGGCGAACCGAUUUUACUCGGCUUUCUACAGGAAGCUGCUCGACCGGCAAAUAGGAGUAGCGAACAAACGCGCGAUGUUCCUCAACUUGUUGUAUCGAGUUCUUCAGGGAGAUCAAAGCGUGCUACGUUUAUACGCCUUUAUCAAGAGAAUCUUGCAAAUUACGUUCUACUUUUCCGCGAACAUGGCGUGCGCCAUGUUGUACACCGUCUCCAAAAUUCUUCAAAACCGCCAGGAACUAAGACGCAUGUUGCUCGAGCCACCUAAGGCUGUUAAGGUUGAAAAUGAUGUGUGCGAAGUAAACGAUAGCUUGUCAGAUGCAGGAGACGUAGAUGUAAUAGAAAAUGAGAAUUCCAUCAUGUUGUCGAAUGUCACCGUUGGCGUGGAAACGAAGUCUGACGUGAAGGAAGAGACCGACGUGAAAAUCGAGGCGCAAGACGUCAAGUCGUACGAUCCCUUCUGCCGAAAUCCUCUGUAUGCAGGCGCAACCAAGGGGUUUAACACCGAACUUGAAGCACUGUCCAGGCACUUCCAUCCGAGUGUCGCUUUAUUCGCGAAUCAGAUCAUUCAGGGAAAGCCGAUUGAGUACACAGGCGAUCCCUUGGAGGAUCUGACGUUGAUUCGAUUCUUGGACCGGUACGUUUUCAAGAACCCGAAGAAGUUGGAGGACAAGAAGGUGCAGAAAAAGAACGAUCCUUUGGCGCAACGCGCUGGUUACACGCCAAAGGGCAUACGAGCCCUUGCGGUCGACAGCGCGGCGUAUCUCGACGAGAGGGAGGAACGAAUACCGGUAGACGAGCUAUUUCUAUAUCGAUAUAUGAAGCACAAGGACGAGGUGAAGAGGCGUAUCAAGAGGGAAGACGAUGACGAGGACGACGAGGAUUUAGACAGCGUCAACAGCGAAGAGUUUAAUGAUAUGUUGGAUCGUAUGGGCGGCGGCCAAGAUUUUGGCGAAUUAGAUAUCGCGGCGAACAUUUUACCCAGGAAAAAGAAAGGUAAAACUGACGAGGAUUCUGAGGACGAGGACGAUGGAGAUGGCCAAUCCGAAGAUGACGAUAUCGCCGAUGAUGCAUCCGAGGAUUUUGAUGAAGAUGUCGCGGAUGACGACGACUUGCAAGACCUGAGCGACAUCGAUCUCGCAGACGUAGGCGACGACGAUCUCAGCGAUAUAGAGUUCAAUGGUUCCGACGAUGAAGAGGAUAAAGACAACGAAUUGAUUUCGAGCUUGAAUAAAAAGCUAAACGCGAAGGGUCCGAAAAGUAAAGAGAAGAAAAGAGGGAUCGAUGGCAAUAUAUUCGUAUCGGCGGAAAAGUUCGCCGAGAUGUUGGAGGAACAGAACAAAACGAGGGGCAAGCACGGCGGUAGCAAUGCUUUUAGCAGCAACGACGGCGCUAGCGCCAAGCAAAUAGAUUGGGAAAUAAACCGACAUCAACGAAUGAAAGGGCCGUUCGGCAAGAAGAAGCGAAAGUCUGUUCAAUCGUUUGACAACAGUCGUGGCAAAAGAUUUAAACGAUAAAUGUGUGUAAUAAACGGAUUUUAUAGACAAUUUUAUAUUUUUCUUUACAAUAAACUUAAUCCUCU